CUUCAUACACACGUUGCAGCUCACAAUGAAGACAUUACUUCUCUUUCUUUCAUUUCUUCUCUUCAACUCUUUCCUUUCUUUCGCUGCUGAAGAGCCCAAUCCAGUGCUCGACAUCAACGGGGAGGAAAUCCGUCCUGGUGUCGAGUACCACGUCGUGUCCCUCAUCUGGGGUGCCGGUGGCGGCGGUGUAACUUACGGCAAGGGCCCAGGCAAUGAAAUUUGCCCUCUGGCAGUUGUUCAGGCGCCGUCAGAUCUCAAUCGAGGCCAUCCAGUAACUUUUACACCGGUGAACCCGGAAGAAGGCGUGGUUCGUGUUUCCACUGAUUUAAACAUCAAGUUCUCUGAACCACCAAUUAUUAAUUUUUGUCGUGGAUCAAAUGUGUGGAAGGUUCAUUUCAACGAGGCACUCGAACAACACUUUGUACUGACUGACGGAGUUGAAGGGAACUCGGGAUGUGAGACCGAGGCCAAUUGGUUUAAGAUUGAAGCCAUCGGUGGUCUAGGUUACAAGCUUGGUUACUGUCCCGCAGUUUGUGACUCCAGUUCUGAAGCGAUUUGCAAAGAUGUUGGCAUCUAUUAUGAUGACGAUGGAACCAGGCGUCUGGCUUUAAGUGAUCAGCCUUUCCUGGUGGUGUUCAUUAAGAAAAAUGUAGAUAUUCUCAAGUCCGUUACCUCUGCUUAAUUUCAGUUUUAAGUAAGCACAAUAAGGAGCCAUGUAUGCUCUAUCUCUCCAGUGAAUAAUGUAUGACUCUGUAAUCUUGACAGCUUGUACUGCUUUCCAUAUGAAAAAUUAUGGAACUUAUCAUAAGACCUGGAUUUGUUACAACACUACAAAAGACUUCUUACGGGUAGGUCGCUGUAUAGAAAAAGUGGGUGGUACUUCAUAGUUUGACAUAAAAAAAAAGAAAGAAAGAAAGCAUCUUGUUCAUUUGAAAUAGAACAACUUUCAAAUGAUCUUGAUUGCUUUGUCCUUGAUUGCCUUCAUCUGUAUUCAGGCUCUUUCACUAGAUUAGACAAGCUCUAGUCAGGGAAUACAAUAGGUCUAUCCUGACAUGGAAGAAAG